AUGUCAACCAACCUUUGCUUUGAAGGAUUGGAUGAAAGAAGAGAGAGGAAAUUGAGUUUCGAGAAUAAUUCGGAGGAUGACCGGUGGACAAGAAUUGGCAGUCUGAAGAAGAAAGCACUGAAUGCAUCAACCAAAUUCAGACAUUCUUUUAAGAAGAAAAGAAGCAGAAAAGGUGGUAGCAGGAGCAAUUCCCUCUCCAUUGAGGACGUUCGUGAUGUUCAAGAGCUUCAGGCAGUGGAUGCAUUUCGACAAGCACUUGUGUUGGAUAACUUGCUACCUCCAAUACAUGAUGACUACCAUAUGCUAUUGAGAUUCUUGAAAGCAAGGAAGUUUGAUAUUGAGAAAGCGAAGCACAUGUGGGCCAACAUGAUCCAAUGGAGAAAAGAGUAUGGAACAGAUACAAUUCUGGAGGAUUUUGAAUUCAAGGAAUCGAACGAGGUUCUGAAAUACUACCCACAUGGCUAUCAUGGCGUGGAUAAGGAAGGAAGGCCUGUUUAUAUUGAAAGGCUAGGGAAAGUUGAUCCCAAUAAGCUUAUGCAAGUAACUACAUUGGAAAGGUAUUUGAGAUACCAUGUUCAGGGCUUUGAGAAAGCAUUUGCUGUUAAGUUUCCGGCUUGCUCUAUAGCUGCUAAGAGACACAUAGACUCAAGUACAACUAUUUUGGAUGUUCAAGGCGUGGGCUUCAAAAACCUAACAAAGUCUGCACGGGAGCUGAUCACCCGGCUGCAGAAGAUUGACGGUGAUUACUAUCCUGAAACACUCUGUCAAAUGUUCAUCAUCAAUGCUGGUCCUGGUUUUAAGAUGCUCUGGAACACGGUGAAAACAUUUCUUGAUCCUAAAACCACUUCAAAGAUCCAUGUUCUCGGAAACAAGUUCCAGAGUAAAUUACUUGAGAUUAUAGAUGAGAGCGAGCUUCCAGAAUUUCUUGGUGGUAUUUGCACUUGUACAGAUCUAGGUGGUUGUAUGAGGUCUGAUAAAGGGCCAUGGCAAGACCCAAACAUUUUAAAGAUGGUUCUUAGUGGUGAAGUGGGAUGUUCUAAACAAAUAGUAACAGUUUCUAACGACGAGGGGAAAGUGAUUGAAUGUGACAAGAUAUCUUAUCCAGUGAUUAGAGGUGGAAGUGAUACAUCUACAGGAGAAUCAGGAUCUGAAGUUGAAGACGUUACUUCUCCCAAAGCAUGUGGGAACUGUAUUAGCCCUAUGUUAACUCCUGUCCUUGAGGAAGCAAGAUUAGUUGGUCAAGCUAGUCAUGGUGACCGUUUAGUUGAGUAUGUUCCCAUGGUUGACAAGGCCAUUAUUGUUGGAUCAAUGGAGAAACAAGCAACAUCUAGAAAGCUAUUUUGCUCAACAGCUGGCUUCAUUUUGGCCCUUUAUACUUUUGCUCGUUCAAUAGCAUUUCGUGUGACUAAGGGAAUACGGUACUCACAAUCUGGUUCUGCCUCAAAUAUGCUUAACAUGACUGUUGAUUCAACAUCCAAGGAGGAAUCUCGUCCUCCUUUACAUGCAACCUUGAAACGCCUCGGUGAGCUUGAAGAGAAAGUUGACAUGCUACAGUCAAAGCCUAAUGUGAUGCCAUGUGAGAAAGAGGAGCUGCUCUAUUCUGCAGUUUAUCGUGUGGAUGCAUUAGAAGCAGAGUUGAUAGCUACAAAAAAGGCUUUAUACGAGGCUUUGAUAAAACAAGAGGAACUUAUGGCAUACAUAGACAGUCACGGAAGACACAAAUUAAAGGCAAGUCGAUGA